GUGCUUACGUUUUUAACAUUAAGCAUUUACCAUGUUGUGCAAAUGACAGGAAAAAAAAAAGGUGAUCAUGCAUCAAGCAUAUAUACACAAUUAUGAGAUCUACGGCCACAAGGAGUGCUAAAGUACAGGAAAAGAACAAGACAAAGAAGAGAGUAUAUUAUAAAAAGGUAGUGUACGAUGGAUGUGAGUUUGGGGUCGGAGAUGAUGUAUAUGUGAAAAGGAGAGAAGAUGCAAGCUCGGACAAUGAGGACCUCGAAAUGGAGGAAUGCAGAGUGUGCUUCAAGGCAGGAAUGAGCGUGAUGAUCGAGUGUGAUGAUUGUCUAGGUGGGUUUCAUUUGAAGUGCUUGAAGCCACCACUGAAAGAGGUUCCGGAAGGGGAUUGGAUUUGUGUGUUCUGUGAGGCCCAGAAACUGGGCAAGCAGAUUGAACUUCCAAAGCCACCAGAAGGGAAGAAGCUGGUUAGGACUUUGAGGGAAAAGCUCCUUUCCAGCGACUUGUGGGCUGCCCGGAUAGAGAGUUUGUGGAAAGAAGUAGAUGGUAGCUAUUGGUUCCGUGGUCGAUGGUAUAUAAUUCCAGAAGAAACUGCUGCUGGAAGGCAGCCACAUAACUUAAAGAGAGAGCUUUAUCGAACAAAUGAUUUUGCUGAUAUUGAGGAGUAUUUGUGACCCUUGGAUGGAUUUAUUCUUUUAGGGAGACUUUUCUUGUUUGAUCAUGUACUUAUAUGUUGGAUGGUUGUUAUGUUCUUGUUCUUGAAUUAGUUUGGUGCUUGAAUUUACUUACUUUAUGCCUGAUUUUGUAGUUAAAUCCAUUAUUUUUGUUAUUUCAUUUUGUUUGGUUACUGCCAAGUCCUUAAAGUUGUAUUUUAAAGCAGAUAAGAAAAUGCGCUUAAGCAC